CAAACAAGUAUGAGUCUCAUGAGAGCAAUAAAGUUGCGCCACUGCACUCCCUCCGAUGGAGACUUGGCGGCUGAAAGGGGCAACUCCUUCUCACCUUCUCUUUGAUUCCUCCACCUACCAAGACCACAGCCUAAGCACGACGACGAUGAAGUCUCUGACUGUAUCCACUGAGGCCGGUGAGCGUGGCGCCCCUGCGCUGCAGCUGGCUUGGGCCCUGACACUGUCGCUGUUCGUCGGGUCCGACACUGCGGUCUUCAAGACGACCGCCUACGACAAACCCGCUGCGACUGCUAGCUCCACGAUCGUCCCUGUCCAGAUCCACUUGGAUCUUGAGAGAACAGUCGCGGUGGAGCUCGAUGAGAUUGAGCGUCAGAGUCCCGCAAGUCAUCCAAGUACUGCGACAGGAGACGGGUGGGUGGAGAACAGUUUGCUGGUUCUCGAGUCUCCCGAAGCUCCUCUAUUCGACAUUGUGCGAUAUCGAGAUUACCCUCUCGUUCUCGGGUGCCGGCUUGUGGAAAGAGAAUUCCAGCUUCAAGUCGGGUGCAAUGACAACGGGCCACCAGAAUGGCUGAGCUCCCAGCUUCUGCACCAUUUCGCAUUUGUUCUUCACAACGUCAUCGCCCACCCAGAAACGAAACUGAUCGACUUGCCCACGAUCUCCUCUGAAGACUACGCGCAAGUGUUGGAAUGGAAUCACGAGGUUCCCAUCAAUGUUCGUGCCCGGGUGCAAGAUCUCAUCGCCAAGGAAACACUGGCACACCCGGAGAGCCCGGCGGUUUGUGCCUGGGAUGGCGACUUCACAUACCAGGAGCUGGACACGCUCUCCUCCCACCUGGCAGCUCAUUUGACGCAGCUAGGGGUUGGACCAGAGACCUUCGUCCCCAUCGUGUUCGAGAAGUCCAAAUGGAACAUGGUGGCUACCCUGGGGAUCAUCAAGGCCGGGGGCGCCUUUGUCCCUCUGGAUCCUGGCCAUCCCAUCCCGCGCUUGCAAGAGAUUUGCCGCCAGACCAAGGCCAAAGUGACAGUGGCUUCCAGCCAGACCGCCCCCUUAGCAACCAGUCUCGCGCCCGUCGUCGUGCGGGUGGGCGAAGAGGAUCUAACCUGGCGUGAGAACGAUGGCAUCGUGCCAGAGCCCUCAGCCGGCCCGGACAAUGCCCUCUAUGCAAUUUUUACCUCCGGAACCACUGGCAGACCCAAGGGAGCGGUGCUGGAGCAUCGUCAGUUUUGCUCCAUCGUUGGCCCCAUGAUGGAGCGGACCGGACUGAAUCGGGACUCUCGCGCCUUUCAAUUCUCCUCGCAUGCGUUUGAUUUGAGCGUGAGUGACAUUCUCGCGACUCUGGUGGCGGGUGGCUGCGUGUGUAUACCGUCCGACCUGGACCGGACGAGCAACCUCGCGGGCUCAGCAAACACCAUGAAGGUCAACAUUAUGACGACCACCCCGUCAGUGCACAGGCUAUUUAACCCGGCGGAUGUGCCAACUCUGAAGACCAUCAUCUCGUGCGGAGAGAUGCUGACGGCAGCGGACCUGGAGCAUUGGCGGGGCAUUGUGCGCAACUGCUGGGGUCCGGUCGAGACCAGCAUCAUCUGCACAGGCAAUAUCACUCCACCGGACAAUCGCAACAUUGGGACCGCAUUCGGUUGCCGUACUUGGGUGGUGGACCGCCAUGACCACCGCCGCUUGCUUCCCAUCGGCGCCGUGGGCGAGGUGCUCGUGGAAGGGGCCAUUGUGGCUCGGGGAUAUCUCAAUGAGCCCGAGAAAACGGCGGAAGUCUUCGUCGAGCGUCCGUCCUGGAUUCCGGGAGGCUCAGACGCGGACGAGCUCCGACAGUACCGGACGGGCGAUUUGGCCCGUUAUAACGGGGAUGGCACUCUGCAUUUCGUCGAGCGAAAGGAUACCCAGGUGAAGCUCCAUGGUAACCGGAUUGAGCUAGCUGAGGUGGAGCAUCAUCUGCAGAGCUCAUUCCAAACGGUGGAUGAUGUGAUUGUGGACAUUGCUAGCCCUCCUGCCCGCGGUAAUCACCAGAUCCUGGUGGCGUUUGUGCUGGAGCCUCGCCGCCGGCUCCCUGAAGCAGCAAUGCUCCUCCCGGUUGAUGAGGAGUUCCGACAGGCGUGCACGGAGGCCGAAGAAAAGCUGCGGUCUCGUGUUCCAUCGUACAUGGUUCCAGGCGCUUUCAUUCCGGUGUCGCGCAUGCCACUCACCCUCAACGGGAAAAUCGAUCGGAGAAACCUCCGUGAGGCUGCAGCAGGGCUAUCAAAAGAGGCGCUCGACAUCUACGCUGCCAAAGGCCGCAUUGACACGCAGCCCUCCCAUAAGCGUCAGCCACAGACGGACCGCGAAGUGCUGCUACAGAAGCUCGUCGCUGAAAGUAUUGAGGCGGAGCCAUCGACUGUCGGCAUGGAAGACAAUUUCUUCUUCCUGGGGGGAGACUCGACGACGGCCAUGAAACUAGUCAGCUUGGCUCGUGAGGCAGGAAUUUUCUUUACGGUGCCUGAUCUCGUCUCUCAGCCUCGUCUCGUGGACCUUCUCGCCUUCGUGGACCAGCAAGAGAGUGAGAAAGUCGACAAGAAGGACAAUAUCUUCACCAAGCCAGCACCGUUUUCUCUUCUGGGGGUCGAGGACGCCGCAACCUUUUUCAAAGAGACCCUGGCACCGCAGUUGCCCGACUUUGCGCUUGAGGAUGUACUUGACGCUUUCCCAAUGACAGCCAUGCAGAAGCGAUUCUAUGGCCCUCCGCAAUAUUAUCAACUCUUCCUUCAAGGCGAAGUCGACCAGACGCGUCUCAAAGAAGCAUGUGAGCAACUGAUGAAGGACAAUGCCAUCCUCCGAGCCAUCUUCGUCUCCCACAACGAGGAUAUGAUCCAGGUCAUUCCCAAAAGGAGCAUGUUUUCGUUUGACGAGGUUGAAUGCGAAGAACCGGACCUUGCCGAGUACGUCCAGAAGCUCUGCCAGGAAGACGUUGCGAAGCCCAUCCCUCUGGGACAGGCCCCGACUCGGUUUACAUUCGUGAAGCGCAGCCCCACAGAGAAUGUCCUCAUCAUCCGAAUAACCCACUCACAAUACGACGGGGUGACGCUGCCUAUCAUCUACCGUCGCCUUGCAGCGUUAUACCGCGGUGAACCCACCCCCAUCGUCACUGAUUUCCCGGAAUACCUCUACCGCGCAGAGACCUUGAAGACCCCUGCCGCGACAGAGACUUGGAAAGACAUCCUUCAGAAUGCCUCCAUGAGCUACGUCGGUCUCCAGCAAACCCCACCCCCCGAGCCGACCCUCCUCUAUGCCACCCGCGUCUUGCCCAACCUCAAACCGGCUCCGGGCAUCACCCAAGCCACGCUAGUCAAGGCAGCCUGGGCGCUCACCCUCUCCAGUAAUCUCGAAUGCAGAGAUGUGACCUUCGCCCAGAUGGUCAACGGCCGCGGUGUCGCCAUUCCCGGCAUCGAAUCAAUUCUCGGCCCCUGCUUUAACACUAUCCCCGUGCGCGUCCCCCGCCAGAAGUCCUGGACCGGCCUCGACCUUCUGCAUUAUGUGCAGAGCCAGCACCUCAAAACCAUGCCCUACAGCUCUCUCGGGUUUGAGGAGAUCAAAAAGCUCAGCACUGGCUGGGACCCGCGGACUACGAUGGCUUCGGUGGUCGUGCACCAACACUUUGAGCAGCUCAAAGCCUUUGAUUUCGCGGAUGGGAUCCACUGUACCGUCAAGGACUUCUUCGCACCGACGAUCCCAAAUGAAAUCGUUCUCUACUCCGAGGUCAAUGAGGCGAAGCAGUGGGAAUUGCACUUGUUGACCUCGGUGAAUGUGUUGGGGCCCGAGGCGUACGAUGGGUUGUUGGGGAAGACGGCGGAGUAUAUGAAGGUGUUGGCGGCGACGCCGGAGAAGGAACUCACAAGUAUUGUUGGGUUUUGAAAAGAAUGACCUCUGUGCUUUGUAAUUUCUUUGUUGAAGCUGGCGUCAUUGGGAUUUUGUGUUGGUGUUAUUGUCGCCUGGUCCGUUGUUCUCCUGCCCAGAUUUAAAUUGUAUGUCUGGGCGAGAAGAUAUAUAUAUAUGAUGUGUUAGUAUUACUAUGGGUUAGAGUCCCCGUGUCAUUUUCUGUACAAGU